AUGUCUACCCACUCGAGACAAGACUUCGACGAGAACGAAGAAUUGGACAAAAUCCUCCAAGAUCUUAACAUCUCAGGCAACAUUAGCCUUCGCAUAACCAUCAAGUCAGAAACAAAAGCAGAAGCAAAAGCCAGUGAGCAAAAACUCAUCGAAGAGACCGAAGAAUGGAAUGAAAUCCUCCAAGACCUUGACAUCGCCAGAGAAAGCCAACAGCGUCAUCUGGAAGACCAGAUUGCCCAAAUCUUAAUCUUGGACCAACAAAGACAGAUCAUUCUGGACAAGUUUACGCGUUUGGAGGAAGAUCAACAGAGCGCGGAGGAAGAGGACGACCCGAAGCGCAUCGAGGAAAAUGGGAGACGGACCAUGCAGACCAUCAUGAUGCUGCAGGCAACCUAUGCUUUCGAUCACCGAAAUGCCUUCUUCAGCCAAUUCGAAGAGACUGAGAAUCUAAGAAGCUUGCAGCAGAUCAAGGAAAGACUCCCGAAUUCUGAGCAUGAACGGAAUGGGGGUUUGGAGGAGGAUUGGGCGUUCGCCGAGUGCCAAAAGGAGGAAGAGAUCGGCGAGACGGCGAGUGAAAUCGAUUUCAUGGGAUUUGAAUCCGAGGAUGGCGGUGCCCCCAUCGCCGUGGUCACGAAAUGCGAUAUCCAGGACUGCCAGAAAUGCGAGGCAGAUCGAGCGAAUAUCAGGUUGGAGAGUCUUGACUCUUCCACGCACUUCGAUGGCGGCGCCAUCAUCCCGGUGAUCACUGAGUGUCAUGAUACUGACUGCAAGGAAGAUUCGGCAGCACGAUCGAACAUUGAGAAGGUAGGCGAUGAUUCUUCAUCCGAUUCUUCAACCGAUUCCGAUGGGGGCGUCCUGCUGUCUCCCUUCAGUGACUCCGAGACCAAGAACGCCAAAGACCGCCAUACACACAAUAUGAAGACGCUCAUGACCCUCGGUCUCGAUGCCGCUGAACGCCACCUCUCUCAGGUCUAUUAA